AUGGGCUCCAUCACCAACCUGAGAAUUCACACCUUUAAUCCACUCCUCCCGGCAUCCCAUUGGUGGAGCGGCCUCUUAUAUCCCGUCACUCGUCAUCACCUGGAGGAUGACAGCGGCCUGCAACCAGAGCAUAAAGCAUCAAAACAAACCAUGCGUUUUAAUGCGGCCCCUCGUUUGCAGCAAUGCGUGGAGAGUGAGGACGGAGAGCAGAUGAGCGAGGUGCGCUCCCCCGGUUCCAGGCCAUCCAGUCCUCUGUCAGUCCACUCGGAGUCCAGCUGCGCCAGUCCAGAAGCGAAGGCCACCCCGGCGCAGCAGAGGGUCAGGAGGCCGCUAAACGCCUUCAUCAUCUGGACCAAAGAGGAGCGCAGGCGGCUGGCGCAGCUCAACCCAGAACUGGAGAACACGGAUCUCAGCAAAAUCCUUGGAAAAACAUGGAAGGCUAUGCCCCUGGCAGAGAAACGUCCAUACAUGCAGGAAGCUGAACGUCUGAGGGUCCAGCACACCAUUGAUUAUCCCAACUACAAGUACAGGCCUCGUAGGCGGAAGCAGCUAAAGAAGAGCCCCAAGCCCCAAUCAGCAGAAUCCUCUCAACAUUGCAGCUCUGGAUUCAGCGUUCCCUACAACCUCACCUAUCUGCUUCAGAACCACCAGCAGCAAGCCUUCCAGAACUCACCACCAUUCCCACAUGCAUCCCUACAGUCUAACAGAUACAUAAACCCAGCAGUCGCUCACUCUGAAGUCGCCAGAGCAGCAGACACUUUCUCAAGCAACCCAGCUGUGUACUCAAACCCUCCUGCAUACCAGGCAGAUGCCCAAGCAUACUUUCGUUCUCACAGACAUAUGCUGCAUGGUUUUUCCUCUUCUGCAGGUUCUCUUAUGGACCAGAGAGAAUCUGAGGGAACUAGAGGGAAGGCCUUUGGGCUCCAGCAGUGCCCAACAGGACCCUCCUUGGAGUUUUAUUUAGAGCAGAUUCAACUGGACAUGCUGUAUGAUUUGGACCGCAGUGAGUUUGAGCAGUACCUCGGUCCACAGCAGCAUGGGUCGGAGCCAGUAGAGCAAAGCUGCUAUAGAGGAGAACACUCUGUGUAA